GUAAGGGCAGGAGAGUCUUAGCUGACUUCUGUCUUGAGUUCCCUGGGGAGAGGGAUCCACACUCGUAAAAUUUUUAUGGAACACUGUGGUAAAGUGUCUCUCGCUCAUAAUAAGGUUUGUUCAAACACAUUAUUUACACUACUGUUCAGAACAGUGUGAAUAUUUUGCAUGUGUGUGUUGAGGAUUGUGUUUACAUGGGUGCACACUGUAAUCCUUAGGUAUGUGCAGUGGUGCUCUGUCAGCACAAGGCCAAAGGCAAGGUAGGCUUAACAUUAUAACCACAGCUGCCAUUCUACAAGGGUGUUGGAUGUUUUUGUGUGAUCUUCUGGCUAUGUUUUGUAAGAUGGCAGUGUGAAAAUCUUGUGGGGAUGUUUUUCACUCUGCUGUCCACGCUGUACACCUUCAGUGUAACUCUAGUAAUACAGAUUUGUGCCAGAAAGAAAACACCUUAAAACAAACAAAAUUGGCCGAUUUCUGUUGAGGCUUCCUGAUGGCAUACACAAGCAUAUGCACAUGUGGUGUCCACCUACAGAAUUAAAGAAGGAUAGUGAAUUGACCUAAUUUAGACAGAUUUAAGUGAAACUAGUGUAAAAAGACUCUUCCGUUGGGAAAGUUGGUUUCUUGGGAAGAUCAUGAUCUCAAUUGUCACUGAGACAAUUCUAGAGGAAGCCAGAGGGACAAAACCAGGGUGCAGGAAAGCUGAGGGAAAUUAUAGAGAGACUGUAUGUUUAACAAAAGGAAGGAACAUUUUGGGUAAGGAUGAGAGGAAGAAAUAAGUGAAACAGUAAAGACAAAGAGGAAGAACUGUGCCAAGAGGGCUGGCCCUUCAAACUGGUGCAUGAUGGGAGAAGCCUCUAGCUGGAAAGAACCAACCUGGGCUCCGUCUUAUCUGAAAGUAUUUUUCACAUAGUGCUGAUGACUGCAUGCUUCCUCUUUCAAACUGCAACUGAAGUCUCAAUUCAGUUAAUACUCAGAAGACCUGGUGCAAAGAGAGAGUCACUGAGGAAGACCUGAAGAUAGAAACAGUUUGAAACUGAAGAUCAAAUAGUGCUUGUGGUGUCCCUCUGUGCUGCUCCCAGCCUUUGGAUAAAAGGACAACUCGUGCCAGUGAAAUAGGUCAGACACGUUUUCUGAACUGUUGCUAGCGUGUGCCUUUUGGAAGGAAUUUUUAUGCCUCAUCGUAUCAAAGGGCAAAAAUCUUCUGUGAAAGUGGAUUUAAAAAUAGACUACAGUGAGUUAGAGAGGGCCUUCAGAGAAAGGAGAUCCAAAUCCUGAUGUAAAAUGUGUACAGACUUCCACAAACUACUUUUUGACAUUUCUGAGGCUUUGGUCACAGAUGAACUGGAGGCUCUGAAGUUCCUCAGCCUGGAGCACAUCCCCAUGAGGAAACUGGAAGCUAUCCAGGAGCCCCAGGCCUUCUUCGAAGUGCUGCAGGAGAAAGACUUGAUUGAGGUGGGAAACUUGUCCUUCCUAAAGGAGCUGCUCUACUGCAUCUAUCGGAUUGACCUCCUAGAAGCCCAGCUGGGUUCCAGCAAGGAGGAGAUGGAGAGUGAGCUUCAGAUCCCAGGCAGGGCAAAGGUGUCAGCCUACAGGCAACUGCUAUAUGGAAUUGCAGAGGACUUGAACCCAGAAGAUGUCAAGAAAGUGAAGUUCUUCCUCCAAAAACAAAUACCAAAGAACAAGCUGCAGGAUAAUGCUUCGAUGUUGAAGAUCUUACUGGAAAUGGAAAGAAAUGGGAUAAUUAAAGAAGAUAACCUGACAAUGCUGAGAGAUAUAUUAAAGGAAUUUAGAGCUGACCUAAAGAAAAAAAUAGAUACCUAUGAAGGAAAAAGAAAAGAAAAUGAUUCUGAGGAAAACCUCCCAUAUCCAUUUCCUGUGUCUGUGCAUCCAGAAGGACAAGGAGUAGAGGGGAAGACACAACACCUGAUUGUGGGAACAUAUAAGAUGAAAAAUAACCCCCAUGGUUACUGUCUGAUUCUUAACAACUACGUUUUUAAAAAUCCACCUGAAAUCAGAGAAGGAACAGUGAAAGAUGGAGAGGCUGUGAAGAGAGUCUUUAACUGGCUUCAGUUUGAGACAGUUGAGCACAUGGAUCUAGAAGCAGAGCAAAUGUAUGCAAAAGUUAAAGAAUACAGCAAAAAAGAUCACAGUAACAUGGACUGUUUUGUAUGCUUCAUUCUUUCCCAUGGUAAAAAAGACAAAAUAAUAGGUGUUGAUGGUGAGUUUGUAAACAUUAAAGAUUUACUCUCCUUCUUCAGUGGAUCUAAUUGUCCUUCUCUCGCUGGCAAACCCAAGCUGUUUUUCAUCCAGGCUUGCCAAGGCUCCGAAGGUCAUCCAUUUGUCACAAUAAAAGAAGACUUUUCUGACCAUCUUGAGAGGGAUGCUACUCCUCUGGCUUCCAUUCCUGAUCAGGCUGAUAUUCUGGUUGGCAUGGCUACAGUGGAAGACUAUGAGUGCUACCGGUGUCCGAGCUCUGGCAGCAUUUACAUUCAGUGCCUCUGUGACAAGAUGCAGUUGCUUUGCCCGAUCCGCAAGGAUCUCAUCUCCAUCCUGACAGAGGUGAAUAAGGAAGUGGCAGGAAAAGUAUUAAAAGGAUGGACGCAGAUGCCAAAGAUAACAUCGACCCUACGGAAGCAACUGAUCUUGGAAACUCCACAGUGUCAGUCAACCGAAAAGUAGAAAAAUAAGAACACACACAGUUAUUAAUCACAUGCAGAAAGAGAUUUUUGCAAGAGAAGUUAUCUGGAUCUGUGUAGUUAGCCCCAGUCCUUCAGGAGCCGUGCAGAAGCUGUGGAGUCUGUUCAGUCUGGUUUUCAAGUGAGGAAGCACUUCAAAGUAGUAUGAUUUUAAUUUUAAGAGUUAUUGGAAAUGACAGUGAAAGUCCCCUUUCUGUCUGAGUUGUUUUAAAUUCCUGAAAUCAGAAGAAAAGAACAGAUAGAUUCAGGAUACUAGAUCCCUUCCCAGGGAGCAUGUGUGAAAUUGUAGCUGGUUUUCCCAGAGCUGGGACAUUGGCUAUUUCUGCAAGCUGUGUAAUUUUUUUCAUGGAAAAUAACAUCUCUCUCUAGGAGAACCAAAAGAAGAUGGUUAUGAUAACACAAGUUGAUUAUUUUUGUUGGAUACUUGGUUUGCUUUCUGUUAUUAAUUUACUUGGCUAAACAGCAUUGCUGUUCAGGUUUUUUAAUAGUAAAGGUUCUAAUUGUCUUUUUUCUCAAAGUUCAGAGGGGACAGCCUGUUUGGAAUACCUUUGUUUGCGGUGUGUUUCUCUUUAGGAUGAGCUGACUGAGGGACAGUCAGUGUGACAAACACUGUUAACUUCAGCAGUUUUCAUUUUGCUGCCUUUGAAGUACUCAGUGAUAGCCACUGCGGGGUGGCAUAUUGAUAUCCCUUCAUGAGCAGCUGCAGAGAUGGCAGUGAAGAGCAAGUUGAAGUCCAGGACUUUCAUGAUAAGGACACCUGGUGCGAGUGAGGCUGUUCUUAUCUUGCAACUUCAGCAACAUAUAAGUGGUGCAUGGGAGCUGUGUAGGAUUCUAUAUUAUUUUUGAGUUUAUAACAAGAUAAAGGUCGGAUUGAGACACUUUGUAGCUUCUGCUUUUUUUAGUUUGUACUUUUUGGCAAUCCAUGUCUAGCCAUAAAGCAGGGACUCUAUUCAACGCUGCUUGUGCCCCUGAAGGGAAAUGUUUAUUUUCUAAUCACACACAAUGUGUUGGCAGUUGUUUUGCUCCCCUUACCUUUUUUUACCUUCCAAAUAAAGAGGAGAAUGCUGUUUUUAGAA